AUGGGAUUGGAGAAACAAAUAUAUUGCCUAUCUGAAAGACGGGAAGUUACCCGCAGAUCCAAAGUAAUCAAGGGCCCUGCGGAUCAAAGCAGCUCAGUUUUCACUCGACAAAAAUGGGGCUCUGUACAAAAAAGCUUUCGACGGCCCCCGGCGGUAUGCUUGGGACCGGCCGUCACAGAUUACGUGCUCCAAAAGAUCCAUGAGGGCAUCUGCGGAAAUCACUCUGGGGCCGAUUCCUUAGUCCGAAAGGUGAUUAGAGUGGGCUACUACUGGGAAAGCAUGGAAAAAGACACUAGGGAAUUCGUUCGGAAAUGCGACAAAUGUCAGAGGUUUGCUCCCAUGAUCCACCAGCUCGGCGAGCAACUAAAUUUUGUUUUAUCACCAUGGCCAUUCAUGAAAUAG